GCAUCCUGUUAUUAUCGGAGAAACCUCAGGAAGAAGUGGUAACAAAACCCCAAAAACUCCCAAGUCUAGAGGCGCUCUCGUUCUCCGGUAACGGUGACACACCAGUUCAAUCUCCUCCGCCGGCGAAAUCAGCAAGAAAAGAGGUUUGAGAGAUGGCAUCCAAGUUGCUACAGCUGAAAUCCAAGGCCUGUGAAGCAUCCAAGUUUGUGUCCAAGCACGGCACAACUUACUACAAACAGUUGAUGGAGAACAACAAGCAGUAUAUCCAGGAGCCAGCCACUGUAGAGAAAUGCAAUGAGUUGUCUAAGCAGCUUCUUUACACUCGUCUUGCUAGCAUUCCUGGACGUUCUGAGUCGUUCUGGAAGGAAGUUGAUCACGUGAAGGGCUUGUGGAAGAAUCGGGCUGAUUUGAAGGUUGAAGAUGCUGGAAUUGCAGCACUUUUUGGUCUUGAGUGCUUUGCUUGGUACUGUGCAGGUGAGAUUGUUGGAAGAGGCUUCACUUUCACCGGCUACUACCCUUGAAGAAACCAAAGCAACCCCAUAAGCAAGAAAAGAUGCCUUUAAACUAUUGAACUCUGAAAAGCUUUUUAUAUCAUAAACUGGCGGAUUAUUAUCGAUCUCACGGCUGACAUUAGAAGCAAAAAGUUAUUUUCUUUUCUGUCUCUGGAUAAUUAAUACACACAGUUUUGAGAAGCUGAGGCAUCAUCGCUCAUGCUAGCUCUAAUAAUAUCAGUCGACAACAUGUUUGGUUUUGGUUUG